CGACGGGGCUGUGUUACCGCGACACUAUUCCGGCGUUUUUCCUUCCUCCCUCCGUUGCCCUCUCCCCUGCAAUGGCAUCCGGGUUGGUCAGGCUGCUGUUGCGGGGGCCUCGCUCCCUCCCGGCACCGGCCAUCCCCGCCCGAGCCCCGCCAGCUCGGGGAGUGAAAGACUUCCGCGCAGCCGUCCGCUUCCAGAAGGAGCUGGAGCGGUGGCGCCUGCUCCGGAACCCGCCGCCGCCCGUCCGCCGGUCGGAGAAGCCCAACUGGGACUACCACGCUGAAAUCCAAGCCUUUGGACACCGGUUACAGGAAGCCUUUUCCUUAGAUCUCCUCAAAACUGCAUUUGUUAACAGCUGCUAUAUUAAAAGUGAGGAGGCCAAGCGCCAAAAGCUGGGAAUAGAGAAAGAGGCUGUUCUUCUGAAUAUUAAAGAUAAUCGAGAACUCUCUGAACAAGGGUCAUCUUUUUCACAAGCUUGCCUCACCCAAUUUCUGGAGGAUGCAUUCCCACACCUGCCCACUGAAGGCGUUCAGAGUCUGGUCGACUUUCUCACGGGCGAGGACGUCGUGUGCCACGUGGCUAGAAACCUGGCGGUGGAGCAGCUAACGCUGAGUGCGGCAUUUCCAGUCCCCCCGACUGUGUUACGGCGGACUUUCUUUGCAGUCGUUGGAGCCCUGCUACAGAGCAGCGGCCCUGAGAGGACCGCGCUUUUCAUCAGGGACUUCUUAAUUACUCAGCUAACUGGAAAAGACCUCUUUGAGAUCUGGAGCGUAGUCAACCCCAUGGGGCUCCUGGUGGAAGAGCUGAAGAAGAGGAAUGUGUCAGCUCCCGAGUCCAGACUCACCAGGCAGUCCGGGGGCACCACAGCUUUGCCCGUGUUUUUCGUUGGCUUAUACUGUGACAAGAAGCUGGUGGCAGAAGGCCCUGGGGAGACAGUCCUGGUCGCAGAAGAAGAAGCUGCUCGAGUGGCGCUCAGGAAACUGUACGGCUUCACAGAGAACAGGCGGCCUUGGGACUAUUCCAGGCCCAGAGAGGUUUGCAGGGCAGAGGAGACCCUCACCGCCGGCUAGCUGCCGAAGCUGGGCUGGCCGAAGCUGGAGGAAGUGAAAUUCAUCUCCCGUCCAAGUGCUGCCCAGGCCCGACCCUGCUUAGCUCCUGAGAUCAGAUGAGAUUGGGGGCGUUCAGGGUGGUGUGGCCGUAGAUGGAACCUGGAAUUUGUAAGCAGAACAGCGAGACAGGUGUCCCAGGUGUUCGGAUUGUAGAAUAAUGCUUUACUUCUCAUACCGAGUUCCUGAAUUUAAACAAGUAUUUAUCGAGGCAUGUGUUUUCUUUUCUUUUUUAAUUUCUUUAAAUCAUUUUGGUCGUGUUGUCUUUUUUGAUGUUUUCCCAAUAAAUUUUUACUAGGUUCUUGAUUUUA